AUGGCCCGCGAGAGACGCGUUUCUCACGAAGAUGAGUUCAAGGAGGCUCCCGCCUGGUCAGAGGCGUUGGACACCCAGUCGCCGACACCCGAGCUAGGGGAUGAUUUCGAGAAGCGGGAGAAGAAGCUCGUGCGGAAGAUGGACCUCCAGCUCCUGCCGAUCCUCGCGCUGCUCUACAUCAUGUCGUUCCUUGAUCGCGUCAAUAUCGGCAACGCUCGUCUCUACAACCUGGAGCCAGAUCUUGGCCUCGUCGGAGACGACUACCAGCUCUGCGUCUCGAUCCUCUUUGUGACUUACGUUGCCUUCGAGCUACCCGUCAACCUGUUCCUCAAGCGCAUGGGACCCCGAAACUUCAUCCCGCUGGCCGCCACCGGCUGGGGACUCGUCAGCAUGUGCACCGGCUUCGUGCACAACAGGGGCCAGCUCAUCGCCCUGCGACUCCUUCUCGGCCUGUUCGAGGCCGGCUUCUUCCCCGGCAUAAACUUCUAUCUCACUUUUUGGUACCGCCGCGCCGAACUCGGCGUUCGCAUCUUUUACAUGUUCACCGCCUCCGCCGUUGCUGGUGUCUCCGGUGGCCUGCUCGCUUACGGCAUCGGCUACAUGGAGGGCGUCCGGGGAUACAGCGCCUGGAGGUGGGUUUUCAUUCUCGAGGGCAUCCCGACCAUCCUGCUCGGCGUCAUGUCCUACUUCAUCCUGGCCAACGACCCCUUCACCGCCGAGUUCCUCUCAGAUGAGGACAGGGAGCUCGUCCGUGUCCGGCGGGAGCUCGACCGAAGCACGCUAGGCCUCGACGACGAUAGCGGCAAGGUACAAUGGGACCAGGUCAUCGCGGCUUGCAAGGACUGGAAGGUCAUCGUUCUCUGCAUCGCCCAGUUCGGCACAACCAUCAUGCUAUACGGGUACUCGGUCUUCCUGCCCACCAUCAUCCGCAGCCUCGGCUACAGCGGCAUCCACGCGCAGCUGCUGACGAUCCCCUGCUAUUUCACGGGCGCCGUCGUGUACUGCGUCGUCGCUUUCUUCUCGGACAAGUACUCCCGACGUGGCAUCUUCGCCGUCGCCGGGUGCCUGACGUCGUGCGCCGGAUACGCGAUCCUGCUCGGCACGCCGCAGUACGGUGCCGGGGCCCAGUACACGGGCACCAUCAUCGUCGCCGCCGGCCUCUACGUCGCCGUCGGCAUGGGCCUCACCUGGAUGCCCAACAACCUGCCCUCGCACUACAAGCGCGCCACCGGCCAGGGCCUCAACUUCACCAUCGCCAACCUCGCUGGCAUCGUCUCCCCCUUCAUCUACCGCACCGACGGCGCCCCCCGCUACGUCCUCGGCCACGCCAUCACCCUAGGCUGCGUCGCCUAUACCGCCAUCCUCUACACCAUCGUCUCCUACCUCCUCAAGCGCGAAAACAAGAAGCGCGACCGCGGCGAGCGCGGCCACGUCCUCGAUGGCAAGACCGAGGCCGAGAUUGCCAAGCUUGGAGACAUGCACCCGUCCUAUCGGUACAUAUGGUAG